AUGCAGGCGUUGGUGCUGCUUCUUGCUUUGCCUAUUGUGUUUGCAUUUACGUAUGAAGAACGUGAACUGUUCAAUGGUCUCGGCGCCCGCGAAGCGUUCCACCUAGGAAAUUUCGAGAAGAAGAUUGCCAACCUGACCUUGGCCCAGCAAAGCGAGGAGAUCCGAAAGUAUGUGGCCACUAUUCCUGCGCACAGGCGGGAGAGCUACGAGAUGCGCAAGAUGGAGAAGAACAAGGAGUGGAAGAGGAAAAUCCACUUCUUGCGUCUGAAGGCGGUGAAGAUCCUAGGCAAGCAGAAUUACCGAAAAUCCAUGGCAGCCCUACACAAGCCUGAAUUGAACCGACAGCAGCGUCUCGAGGCAAUCCUGAAAUUUAUGAAGCGCGUUAAGCUGCUCGGCCAAAAAUCAAUCGUGAACAAUUGGGCCCGCGAGGAGAUCCCGGCCGGGAUUCAG